UCUCGCCGCUUAUAGUGUUUACAGUGUAUCUCGUCCUGGAAGGUGUUUGUUUUCCUGUUGCCCAAUGUAGAACCCACUGCUAUAUUCAGGACACAUGGACAAGGAAAUAAGCCUCGGAGUGUAUUUCUUUGAGUUGUUCAGUGUUUGGUCAAACAAGAGGAGAUCCUUCACCCCAUGAGACGUCCCCGCAGUGACUGGGUGUGAGCUAUUCCAAACUCCCUGGUAGAGCCAUGAAGGUCAGAGGUUGUGUUCCUACCAGAGAACUCUGCUGUCUUAAACAUGCUGCUGAAUAAGAGACAAAAGUGGAUUCUUGGUGAAGAGGAUGGAGUCUCACUGAGUAUCACUCAGCCUCUUGUGGUCAUGCGUGUAGUGUAACCUCUGCAAGUGUCCUCUCUGGUGGAGUGGAGGCCCCUACUUGGGGGUCCUGUUUGCUGCCUGCUUUGAGAAAACCCUCACUAUUGAGUGUCAAGCACACAUCCCCUCCACCACCUUUUUAAGGGAUAAAGAUGAGGAAGAGAAGUUUACACGAGCCUUUCUUUAGUCAAGAAUACUUGGCUGGGGAAAGGUCAGUACGGAGACACACAGUGAGUGUGCCUAACUCUCUGCAGGGUGGUGGUGGGGACUAUCCAAAUUUAGGAUUAGGAAGACCACGGCCAUUCCCUCUCCCCAUGUACAACGAUCCUACAGCAGAGAUAAUGGACAACUUGGGCCUCAGAGCUCACACUACCCUGUCGUCCACAACCACGGUUGAAGUGGACUUCUUGAUGCCCAAUAGCAUCAUCAUACAGCACAAAGUGAGCACCAGUGCCUCACUGGAGGAGAUUAAAGAGGAACUAUGGGAGCGUGCCAGAGAGCUUCCUCUGUUUGGUAUGCUGCACGACCUCAACUCUUACCACUUUGUGUGCAUCAAUCCCCAAUCAGAAACCCUCGAGUUGAUGGAUGAAACAAAAUGCUUGCAGGACAUUAACCUGUUCCCGUACAUGUUCAUACUCAAGGUGGUGGAGAGGAAAGGCAAUGAAACCGAAAAGCGGCUCAACCUUGAAAUUGGCCAGCUCAUUGGAAAAGAUCUCCAAAAGUUUGAUGCCUUAAAGAAUCCAGAAGUGAAUGAGUUUCGAGGGAAGAUGAAGGCUCUCUGUGACGAGGUGGUGGCAUCAAGAAAUAAACUAACGUGGUAUGAGCGGGUGCAGUACCAGUAUCCAGCACGCAUAGCAACCAACCCUCAACUGGCCAGUUAUAUCACGGACAGGCUUCAGGAGGACCAGCUGUUGCUGUCAGUCCAGUUUGAUCCUUCUAUGGAGGGACAGCCCACAUACACAUUUCGUGUCUCAUUUGAUAUGAGAACAAGGGAGCUUCUGGACCUUGCUUUGGCUAAACUGUCUGUGACUUUUGUGAUGGAUCAGCCAGCUGAAAACUACGUAUUAAAGACGCCAGGUCGGGAAGAAUACCUGAUAGCAGACGUCCCCCUGUCACAAUACAUGUAUGUCCGUGAACACGUGUGCCAAGAUGAUUGUUCCUCAGUGCCUCUAGUCAUUGUGCAUCGGAAGACAAUUCAAGUUGACAUUGAAAACUUGUAUGGUCCAAUAGAAGACCUUGGUGUAAAACAUAUAAGGAACUCCUUCUCUGGAACAACCCUGAUUAAAAAGAAAUAUGUCUCUUCCUGGUCCAUCAAUGAAAACUUUCACUUCAGCAUUGGAACUGUCAGUAACAUGACAGUUUCUGCUGAUGACCAAGUUGAGGUGAUGGUGGAGGCGGGGUUGUAUCAUGGAAGCAGGGCCCUCUGUGAGACCAAGGUGACCCAGGAAGUAACUAUCUCUGAAGGAAAAGGUGUUUUGGAUGAGGACCUCACCCUUCCUAUUGCUGUCUGCAACAUUCCAAGAAAUGCACGACUGUGUCUCGCUAUAUACGAAGUCAGCCGGAGUGCCAAGGCAACCAAGGCUCGGGCGUCAAUUGGCAGCAGACCGGAGCUGUACAAGAACCCUCUGGCUUGGGUGAAUACAGCUGUCUUUGACUACAGAAACCAGCUGAAGACUGGUGCAAUGUCUCUCUAUGCCUGGAAGAUCUCUGAGGACCAGAUAGGGGAGGCCAUGCCCAAUCCUUUAGGGACAUUAGUGAGCAACCCUGACCAUGAACAGGCUGUCACCCUCACCAUCACCUUCCCCCGCUUCAGCUAUACCUGCAGUAUUAUGUUUCCUUCCAAAGACAAGAUCAUCUCUGAAGCCAAGGAAAACCCACAGUGUGAGGAGAUAACACCAACUCCACCAAUGAUGGAGGAAAUCCAGCAAAUAGCUGAGCGUGAUCCUCUUACUGAGCUUCAUGAACAGGAGCGCAAACUGUUGUGGUCACUAAGAAAUGUUUGUCGGCAGGAGCUUCCUCACUUGCUGCCCAAGAUUCUGCAGUGUGUUGAGUGGGAUAACAAGGCAGAGGUGGCAGAAAUGAUCUCUGUGUUAGAGGACUGGCCAAAGCUGUCCCCUGAUCGUGCCCUGGAGCUGCUGGAUUACGCCUAUGCUGAGCCUGCUGUCAGGAGUUAUGCCAUUGAGUGCCUCACCCAUAUAAGUGAUGACGACCUGCUGCUUUACUUGUUACAACUGGUGCAGGCAAUUAAACAUGAAAAUCACCUUUACUGUCAUCUUGUGGAAUUCCUCCUCAACCGGGCAUUGAGGAACAUGCGCAUUGGCCACUACUUCUUCUGGCAUCUAAGGUCAGAGAUGCAUGUACCUUCAGUGUCCAUUCGGUUUGGUCUCAUCCUGGAGGCCUAUUGCCGAGGCUCAUUAGAGCACAUGAAAAGUCUCUUGCGACAGCUGGAUGCCCUUCACAAGUUCAAAGAGCUCAGGGGAAUCGUGAGUGUCAACCGGUCGAUGCGGGACCGUCAGAUGCGGGUUCACAUGAAGAAGUCCCAUAACUUUGCCACGCUGUCUCACUUCCUGAAUCCCAUUGAUCCGAUGUACAGGAUUAGUACCAUCAAGACAGAGGAGUGUAAAGCCAAAGACAGCAAAAUGGCUCCUCUGUGGCUUGUGUUUGAGAAUGGAGAUCCCCACGGGAAAAGCAUAUACCUGUUGUACAAAUAUGGAGAUGACCUGCGGCAAGACAUGUUGACGCUGCAGAUGAUUCGCAUCAUGGACAAGCUGUGGAAGGACAAUGGGAUGGAUCUAAGGAUGAACCCAUACAGCUGCAUGUCAACAGACAACCGUGAAGGCAUCAUUCAAGUUGUGCUGAAUGCCGAAACUAUUGCUAAUAUUCAGAGACAGAAGGGCAUGUUCUCCGCCACUUGUGCUUUCAGAAAGGGGUCACUAUUGGCAUGGCUGAAGGACCACAACCCUACUGAGACACUGCUUAACAAGGCAAUCCAUGAGUUCACUCUCUCCUGUGCUGGUUACUGUGUGGCCACCUACGUCUUGGGGAUUGCUGACCGUCACUCUGAUAACAUUAUGGUUAUGAAGAAUGGACAACUCUUCCACAUUGAUUUUGGACACAUCUUGGGUCACUUCAAAGAGAAGUUUGGCAUCAGGAGGGAGAGACAGCCCUUUGUCUUGACACACGACUUCAUCAACGUCAUCACCAAGGGCAGACAGACGCGGUCAGAAGAGUUUGAGCAAUUCAAAGGAUACUGUGAAAAGGCAUUCCUAAUACUGAGGAAGUAUGGGUCCUUCAUCAUCUCGCUCUUUGCCAUGAUGAUCUCCACUGGGCUUCCUGAAUUACAAAGUGAAAAGGAUCUUAAUUACUUAAAGGAAACUCUGAAACUUGACUUGUCCGAGGACGAAGCAAGAGACCAUUUCCGCUCCAAGUUUGACGAGGCGUUGGCCAAUGCCUGGAAGACGUCUGUAAACUGGGCCUUCCAUUCCAUGGCUAAGAAGAACACCUAGAAGUGAGACAAGCUUAGCCUUAGCCCACAACUUCAUUCAUAUUCAGUGUUCUAAUAUUUCCAUUGAUGUAAGAAAAUAUCUAGAAGGACAGAAGGACAAGAGGUUAUGUACUAAUUGCCCCAUGGAAAUUAGUUUUCCAUCCCAGUUGCCAUGAUACUUGGACACACUACUGGGGAGGUUUACUUCCUGCCCUCCAAGUAAAAUCCAAUAAAAACUCCUUGACAUGGGAGUCAUGAUGCCCAGGUGUGCACGUCCUCACUCUGGGCCUGUCAGGCUGUGUUAUGCAUGACUGCCUCCAUGGAUAAAAGUUUAUGCAUUAUUAAUUUAUUUUUCUGAUGUUAAACAUUGUGUACAUUGGUUACAUUUUCACCAGCACAUCAUCUUCAAUUGUGCUGGAUUGUGGGCAUUCACUGUAGUCUCCUGAUGUCCAUUGUUACAUCAUCCCAGUCACUGAAAAUAUAGAAAAACACUGUUAGGAUGUUCCCCCAAAUGUUAUGCUUCCCUAUUAAACAUCAGUACAUUUUCUUGUUAUAUGAUUUAUGGCAUCAUAUUAAUAAGUAUAUUUGAACACUGUUCAAUACUAAAAAGUACUCAAGAUAAAAGAUGGUUUGAGAUUCAGGACUGUAUCCGAGGCACAAAGCAGCAGUUGGUUCUGAUUUUAUGAGUUUCCUGUAAAGUAUGAACUUUAAGGAACAGCUUGCCUUAAAUUACUUUCUUAGAUACCUAAUUUUGGUGCUAGAUGCAACUGUUAAAGUGCUGUCACCUGUAGGAUUAGAGACAAAAUUUAUUUUCUUCGUCUGGGAUAUAGGAAAAACCAACGACAAUGUAAUGUACAUAAUUACCACCGCCAUCACCACCUCCUCCUCCCCAACAUCACCACCUCCUCCUCUUCCUCCUUCCCAACAUCACCACCACCUCCUCCCUCAACAUCACCACCUCCUCCCCAACAUCACCACCUCCUCCUCCCCAACAUCACCACCACCUCCUCCUCCCCAACAUCACCACCACCUCCUCCCUCAGCAUCACCACAACACUAAACUCCUCCAAGUCUUUGCAUUAAGAUGUAUCGCCAUUGAAUGUGCACAUCCUGGUAGUAGAAUUUAUUUGAUUUCCUCUGUGCAGGAUCCUUAAUAUCCUUUGAUCACUUCAUAUUUUUUGUGAUGUCAUGAAAUGUAUUGUUAGUUACUGCUUGCCUCCACCUGAUGAGCUGAGCUUGCAGCACACAAUAGGUGUGUUCUUUGGUUAGGUGUGUGAGGUGGACAGUUUCUUCUAAACCACCUCUAAGCUGACCACCUCUCUACAUAUUUGCAUCAUUUGCUCUGUUGUCUUUUCACUAAUUAAAAGUGGAAUGCUUGUGGACGAGAUUAAAUAAUUUAUUAGCAAAAAAUAAUAUUGCAGGUUUUUAUUUCUAUUUUUCUUAAGAAAGGAAGUCACAAGAUGAAAUUAUCUAAAACAUGCAGGUGCUCAUGAGGUCUUAGGUAAAGUGGAAAGGAAAGCAGUUAGACCACACAUGAUGGGCGCCUGUAGCAUCUACAAUUUGGAAUGGAUAAAAAAAAAAAAAAAUUAUAUAUAUAUAUAUAUAUAUAUAUAUAUAUAUAUAUAUAUAUAUAUAUAUAUAUAUAUAUAUAUAUAUAUAUAUAUAUAUAUAUAUAUAUAUAUAUAUAUAUAUAUAUAUUACUCAUAUCAAACAUCUAGUAAAUAUGCUCAUGAUUCAGAAACUUAUAAAAACCAAUAUCAAUUAAAAACCUACAUUAAUUUUCUCAUUAAUUAGCUCAUUUUCAAUUUGUAACAAAGACAUUUCUAUUGUCUCGAAGCACGUGCGCGCGUGCGCGCGCGCGCGCACACACACACACACACACACACACACACACACACACACACACACACACACACACACACACACACACAGGUCUUCCAUUGGGACUGCAAGGUCACAAUUCACUCCUUGGUUAUUACCUCAGACCUGUUCUUUCCUAGGUGAACAUGAAUGAACAUGCAAAGCUAUUUUCACUCUACCUGGCUUGGGAUCUUUUGUUUGAGAGCCAAGUUCUUCUAAACCACACCCUUACUGUUCAUUGGUAAAAUUAUGUGAAGUAUAUAACACCAAACAGUGGAUACAAAGUAAAUAUAUAUGAAGGCUACCCAAGAGCAGGACUUAAUGGGUUGAGAGUCCAUCUCACAUCACCAACCUAUCUUCUUCCAUACUCAGUAUCACAGACUGCUGCAGUAAUUUUGACAUCUAAGGACAUGUGAAAUAUGUAAGCAUUACCUGCUGAUCAAUCAACAUUUCAUCUCAUCCAAGACAUGCAGCAAACUGAAUAUUCCAACCAAAAGACCUUACUUUGUAAGAUACAUGAAGAGUUACACUUUACAUGUCAGUAUCUUACAAAUUGGUAAGAGUUUCCACAGGAACAUAAAGUUGGUUUGCAGUACAUUUUAAAACUAGACAAAAGUGUCAGCCAAUCAGCAGGUAGGCACAUCAACCAGUGACAGUGUUGUUAUGUCCUAAGGUGGCAGAACUAUUGUACCAGAGACCCUAACACCAUGUAGAGCAUGAGCUGUGAGCACAGCCAUCCAGGAGGCAAGUAACUCAGCUUGAGUAUAUUCUUGCCAUAUUAGAAAAAUAUAUAUGGGUACUGUUGUCAUUAGAUAUUACUGUUCUUUUUAUGUGUACAGUUUUUCUUAAUGUAAUCCAUAUAAUUUUCAGUAACAGCAUUUCUAUAUUUUUUCUUUCUCUUCUUAGGACCUGCAUCUUAGUAUGCACAGCUAGGGAAGAUGCUGAACACAUUAAAAGAAUACCAUUGCCAGGUGACCUUUUAAAAACAUGAGACCCAGGCUCUCAAUGAUAAACUAACAGUGGAAAUUAAAAAAACUGUUCUUAUUGUCACAGCAUCUAUUAACAAAUUCCUUCACAUGGAAAGGAGACUAAUCAUGGCUGAUCAAAAUUUAGAGAAAUUUAAGAAAAUUUGUUGAAUGACAGAAGAUGGCAUCAGAAAAUAGCAAUACAGUUUGAAUUAGCGAGUUGAGCUUUGACUUAUUUUGUUACCAAUCUUUGUGCUAAUUGAACAAAUGAUAUGCUCUCUCUCUCUCUCUCUCUCUCUCUCUCUCUCUCAGUACAGAAAGGAGCAACACUCGGAUGGGAUGCAAUGGCCUCCUUUCCCACUUUAUCUAAAUUAAUUCCUUUGCUCAAUAAUAUCUAAGUUUCACUGUUAUUGAUUGAAUUUGGCUGCCUUCUCCAUCCUUCAAUUUCUUUAUUCAUUGUCUGGCAAAGCUUGGGUAAACUGAAUACAAGGAAAAAUGCAUAAAACUAUUAAAGACAUAAGUAUAUUAAUAAUUUUUACUACAGUUGCCAUUGUGUAAGUUGAUCUAGAAACCUUGCCCCCUGUCUCCUUUCAGCAGGGCAGCAGGUGCACACUUAAUGCUCUCACUACUUGUCUGAAUUUCUUACAUUUAAGGUUACUUUCAAUCAGAUCAAUAAUUAGUCCUCCUCUAUGCUGAUUUUCAAGGAAAAAACAAAUUAUUAACCCUUGGAAAAUAGUGGAAACAUUGUUUACAUGAAGGCUUUCUCAUAGGGCUAGCUAUUGACAUGGCAAGGUCUUCAAUGAUGUAUGUCAGUCAAUGAUGUAUGUCAGUAUGACAUAUAUAUAAAUAUUUGUUUCCAUAAUUUUUCCAGAGGGUUAACACUUUGAUAUCUUUUUUCUCUUAAUAUGUACAAAAGUUAGCCUAGGGCAAGGCUAAUUGAUAAUGUAAUUGAAAUAUCUUCACAUAUACAAAAUGUUUGAUGAAGUGGCAAGUGCAUUACAAGUGUACUAAUCAGCUGUCUUGGCAAAGGGCUUCUCUAUCACCUCAGCCCACAUCAACUAUAGUGCUGCCAAAUACAUCCUUGAAACUCUGCUUCCAUGUCACUUCUAAAGAUCUGAUGUGGCCAUGAACACACCAGCCACAUCUAGGCAUUGUGUUUGUAUAUACUACAUGUGGAAAGAGAAUUUUGGAUAUUGUUCAUUUCAGGGGUCAAAUCAUGUUACAGUAACCAUGUUAACUCUUCCUUGAUAAAGAGGAAAGUAUUUACUACUUUGGAGUGUUGUUGCAUCUGAUUGCUGUUGCUGAGACUACUACUGAUGGAAAUUGAUUGUAUAUUUGGUACUGAUAUGGCAUAUGUAGUUCUGGUUCUGGCAAAUAGGAAGUUGAUCUGUGCAUUGUGCUAGCAUCUCAGGUACCCUAGUCUGUGUCAACUCAACAUUGCAAAUGGUUACCUAUCUGAUUGUGGCUGUGCAUGUAUUUCUAGAAUAAAAAGUUGGGAAUUGCCU